UCAUUUCUUUAUUCUAUAGUUAAAUAGUUUUCUUUCAAUCUUUAAUUUAUUUCUAACCUUUAAAUCUUGUCAUUUGGGACCUCAUGCGUGCGGACUGCAAAUAUGCCCUACGAAAGUUAUUCGCAGAAUUCAAGCUGGACGAAAUGACAGCGAUGGCGAAGCUCGACCGAGCCCGUUUUACCAAGGACGAAUGUCUGAAGGGCACACAGCUGCAAACUUGGGCCGCAGAGGUCAUUGGCUAUUGUCGUGCCUUGGGCAUGGAUAGUACAAUGCAAUAUAUGACGGCUAUAUACAACCGCCUCGACGUCAAUUUUAAAUUGGCUGUUAUUGCCCCUGGGACCGGAGUAUCUUUAUACGAUUGGAUCGCUUAUUUGGAAGAGCGCCGCCGCGUCUGGCGAGCUUCUUUGCUGACCUCUUCCUCCACCGAUAAUGCAGAUGCACCCCAGUCAUUUAGCGACAAGAUGCUAAAGGGCUUGCCGACUGCUCCCGACAAGCUUCAGCUUACCAACCUCUCUUCGAUGGAGGAAGCCCUAGAAACCUCCGCGGGCAUCCAUUAAACCCAGCGAUAUGGAGGUGGUUGCCGAAGCGACGACUACCGCCCUUAUCGCAUUAAUCGCGACAACUAUCGCCCCUCUCGGAGUGAUUGUAACAAUGAUCGCCCCUUCUGGACCAAUCGAGACGAUUACUGUGAUUAAGAUAAUCACAAAGAUGAUAAGGGCAAACGAUGGGCUAAUCAGCGAUAGGAGCCAUGGAACUAUUCC